CCACCGCGGUGUGCCUUCAGCUCCCACGUCAGCUCACGCUACAAGCUUUUUCCUGAUCUUGAAUCACACACAAGAACUACGGAGGAACUAUGUCUGCCAUAUACAGAGGUCUCUGUUUUGAAGAAAACAGGUGAAGGAGAAACUAAAGCAGGGGAAGGAGAGGUCUCUGUUUUGAAGUUAACAUGGGAAGGAGAAACUAAAGCAAAUGUCAGGUACAAUAAGCUAAUGGGAUUGGUAUGCUUUCUUUGACCAUUUUGAACAUAUCCAAGAGAUCGAAUAUCACAGCUUGCAUCUACAGAGGCAAUCAUUAGUUCACAUUGAGCUAUUGGUAAACCUUCAGUCAUCAGUAAUCUAUAAAUACUGACUAUACCAUCCUCUUCUCUCACAACUCAAACAUCAAUUCUCUACUCUUCUUCUCUUGUGUCAUUUCCCAACUCAUAAACUGACAAUGGGUGUCUUCACUUAUGAAACUGAGUUCAUCUCGGUCAUUCCACCAGCUAGAUUGUUCAAGGCUUUUAUCCUUGAUGCCGACAAUCUCAUCCCCAAGCUUGCUCCACAAGCAGUCAAGGGUGCUGAAACCAUUGAAGGAGAUGGAGGCGUUGGAACCAUCAAGAAGAUCACCUUCGGUGAAGGCAGCCAGUACAGCUCUGUGACACACAGGAUUGAUGGAAUUGACAAAGAGAACUUUGUAUACAACUACAGUUUGAUUGAAGGGGAUGCUAUCUCAGACAAGAUUGAAAAGAUCUCAUAUGAGACCAAGCUGGUGGCAUCUUCCGAUGGAGGGUCCGUCAUCAAGAGCACCAGUAACUACUACACCAAAGGUGACGUGGAGAUCAAGGAAGAACAUGUUAAGGCAGGAAAAGAGAAGGCAUCCCACCUCUUCAAGCUUGUUGAAGGCUACCUCUUGGCCAAUCCUAAUGAAUACUGCUAACCUUAACUGUAAUCAGUUUGUGUCCAGUUUUUCAUGUCUUUCCGUUUCUUUUCAUCAGCAUCUUAUUCCAGUUAGAAUACUGAGUAUUGAAAGUGAAUGUGGACUGUUAUAUUUUCUAUAAAAUAAUGAGAAUCCUCCAGCAAUACCGUAAUAUACCAUC